AUGCCAUCGCACCGCACAAGCACGAGUUCGCACCACCCACACCGCUACACCCACCGAGACAGCGAUGGCGAAGAAUCGUCCGAAAUCUCGUCUUUCGUCUCUUCUGGUAGCGGUGCCUCCUCCACCGUCUCAUCUGAGCAAGCGGCUCUAUCCAAACUACCCACACUACCAGAUCUGCGAUUCGAGCAGUCUUACUUGGCUACUAUUCGGGGAUUUUUGCACGAAGACCAACCCCACGCUGAAUCUCUAGAUGCAAGUGAGGAGGAGGAGAAGGGCGAGGAUCACCAUCACAAAGUUGAAUUGACCCGUAGCAGUAUUAAAGAUGGACACGAGCUGUGGCUCGGAAACCUUCGUGUCGAAUGGUUUCCGAUUAUGUACGUGACAGUUCGAGAUCAGUUGCUUUCGCCUUUGAUACAAGGUGCAGUUUGGGGCUUAGGUGGACUGCUCUUGGCUCAGUUCAGACAGUAUCUGUCGGCAUCAAGAGCACGUCGCGCAGCCCGCCGUGGUGCGAGAGGUCCACCUCCUAGCAUUCUCCGUCUGCUCGGUCUCAGUCAACGAUGA